AUGAAAUUUGUAGCUUCAUUUUCUCAGCAUCAAACCCAUUUCUCUCUCUCUCUCUCUCUCUCUCUCUUUCUUAACAAACUCCAAUUAAUUCUUACACACUUUCUGUCCUUUCAACGUUCAAAAGUUCUUUAUAUAUUUUUCUUUUCUUUCUUUUGGAAACAAAGUUGUCUUUUCUUUGGUCACCAAGCUCCCUUUUUUUCUUAUUAUUUUCUUCCCAUCCGAAUGGAAAGUUCAUCUUUCUUAUACUACACGGCCAAGGAAGGGGAAAACUUCUUAAAACAUGCGGUAGUACAACUUGUAACAGCACAUGUUAGCUUCUUCUUCUUCACUGUAAAUGCCUUUAGCCCCAAACAACACUUAGGGACUUCUCAGUUCUUUCUUUACAGUAAACUUUGCAAUGUCCAGCUCUUCUUUUCUGGGGGGGUGUCUUUGCGAGGACUUCUUUUAAACUUUCUCUGA